UGAACUUGCUUAUAACAGUUGAUUCAUUUAGAGGUACUUUUUUGGUGUGGCUGUAAUUGUUUAUGGCGCAUGCGUCAUGACAACUAAUUUGACAUUUUCUGUUUCAGUAUUGUUCGACAUUUCAUCAUGGAAAGACUACGAACAUCAACGUUCUGCGAGAAGUGUGUUUCGUGCACUUAGAGCAAAUUAUGAACGCACAAUUCGUCGUACGGUCGAAAAAUUUUAAACCCAAUUUUCAUUAUUGGAUAAUACCCGACCAAAUGAACCACA